AUGGGUUGGUCAGACCUCAAAAAGAAGGUCCACGACGCAGUUUCGGGAAAGCCAGAAUCACAUCCGGCUGACCCCAAGGCAGCUGCGGCAAAGACCUUGACGGUGCAACCAAAGACGACACCGCCCCAGGCUGCUCCAAAAUUGGGAGAACCCACUGCGUCUGGCAAUGAGUCCCUGGAUAGCAAAGAACCUACGACCAAGAAAGAUGCCGCGCCAGCAGUUGAGCUUGUUCCUUCCACAGAGGCACACGAACCGGACGAGCCAAAGGGAGAGACGAAGACCACGCCCGAAAAUUUGUGGGGUGCAGCCUACGAGAACUUGAAGAAAUCAGACAAAGAUCUCGUCCAGGCCUACGAGACCAUUCUGUCUGCCAGGCUGAGCAACAAGAACAUCGAGUCGGGCGAAGCCUGGACAGGCGGCAACACAAUUGGGGAGACUCCAGAGACGAGGAAAGACCAGAUGAAGAAGGCGAUUGAUGUUGGGCUGAAGUCCUCCGAAAAGUUUGCAAAUUUCAAGGGCAAGAUCAGUGAAGGGGCCGAUGCUAUUGCGAACGUCAAGGGUUUGAUUGAUACGGCGGUUAAAGCAUCGCCUGAAGCGUCUGUUGCUUGGGCCGGCGUCAGUUUUGGGCUUGAGAUCAUUGCAAACCCAAUUACACAGCCUGGGUUGAACCGCUCGGGACUCUCUUGGGUCUUGGCGCGGAUGGAAUGGUAUUGGAAGUUGGCAGAUCUGCUUCUGGACGAAAACCGGAACAAGGAAACGGCUACGAAGGCCCUUAGAGCCCAGCUUCAGGAGCACAUCGUCAAGCUGUACCAGUCGUUGCUCUCUUAUCAAAUGAAGAGUAUAUACAUCUACCAUCUCCAUUGGGCAAAGGUCAUUUUGCGGGACCUGUUCAAGCUCGAUGACUGGGCCGGCAAGGUCACCUCAAUUAAGGACGCCGAAACGGCGGUUAUUACGGAUUCCAAGACGUACAAUACCGAGCACAUAAAGUCUCAGCUCAGUGGUCUGCUGGAAAUUUCAAAAGCUCAGGUGUUGGAGCUCCAGGACAUUAACAAAGCAAUUCAGGAUCAGACGGAGCGGGCGGAGCAGCGUUAUCGGGACGAGAAAGAUCUAAAGUGUCUUCAAGACCUGCGAGUCCUGGACCCUCAAGUGGAGAAGGAUUCGAUUGAGAAGAAGAAGGGAGGGUUGUUGGAGGGUUCGUAUGCCUGGAUUCUGAAACCGUUUUCUGACUUUCGCCAAAAUGACCAACAGAAAUUGUUUUGGAUCAAAGGCGAGCCGGGUAAAGGAAAGACCAUGAUGAUGUGUGGGCUCAUUGAUCACCUCAAGAAUGAUGUUGAUCAUGCCGACCCUUGCCUGACCUACUUCUUUUGUCAAGAACCCGAGGCAAAUCAGAAUAAUGCCACGGCGGUCUUGAGAGGCUUGAUCUGGAUGCUUGCCUCUCAACGACCUUCCCUCAUCAAACACGCUCGCAAAACGUACGACACCUCAGGAGCUGUAGCCUUCUCUGAGAAAAACGCCUCGGUUACUCUGGCAAAAAUCCUCACCAGCAUGCUGCAAGAUGAGAGCGCAGAGGGGGCAAUACUGGCUAUCGACGCCUUGGAUGAGUGUAGGACAAAUAGGGACGAGCUUUUGGAUAUCAUCGUAACCUUGUCGUCGGCCACCAAGGCUACAUGGAUUGUCUCAAGUCGACCCUGGAAAGAUAUCGAGGGCAAAUUCGCAUCAGUCGACAAGACUACGCUGGACCUCAGGGAUCACGAUAGCGAUCUGUCGCAGGCCAUCGAAUUUUAUAUUGAGCACAAGAUUCAACAGCUGAAGAGGACGAUAUCGCAAAAGAAUAUCGAUGUUAUCAGGCCUCAUCUCAUCAACAACGCUAAGGGGACCUUUCUCUGGGUGGGAUUGGUCUGCACUGAACUAACCAAGAGUGGUGUGGCGAAUUACGACGCUGUCGGCAUUGCAAGAGAGUUCCCUGCCGAGCUCAACCCUUUGUACAAGCGGAUGAUGGAGGGAAUAUCUGCCCUCCGACGGGCAAAGACAUGUUAUCAGAUUCUUGGUACGAUAUGCACCGUUUACCGCUACCUCUCUAUCAGUGAGCUUCAAACUCUCAUUGAAGAUCUUGGGAGCAUGACACAAGAUGACGUGGUUCAUCUCGUCGAAUCUUGUGGUUCCUUCCUGUCUGUCCGAGGCGAUGUAAUUUCUCUCGUUCACCAGAGUGCCAAAGAUUUCUUGAUCGAGAACGCCACCGAUGAAAUCUUCCCAUCUCAGAUAGUUUCCCAACAUCGUAUCAUCUUUGAAACAUCAAUUUCGGUCCUUUCGAGUAUUCUCAGACAGAAUAUUUACGACCUCGAAGAUCUAGGCUUGCCGAAUGAGCAGGCUUCACCUCCCCAUCCAGAUCCCCUCGCUCCUAUCAAGUAUUGUUUGCUAUUCUGGGAUGAACAUUUCAUAGAGUAUCAAUCUCAGCAAAGCUCAGAACAAGCUGUCAGUGUUCUCAUCGAGUUUCUUGAGGAGCAUCUCUUGCAUUGGCUAGAAGCCCUGAGUCUCAUUGGUUGUGUGUCCGACUCAGUGACUGCAUUUCAGAAUCUGAAAGCUUUCGUGGAGAAGGACGAUACAAACGAGUUGGCAGAGCUGGUUCGAGACGCCCAUCGAUUCAUUGUCACAUACAGACACGCUAUCGAGGCCGCUCCUCUCCAAGUUUACGCCGCACCACUCAUAUUCAGCCCUUCAGAAAGCCAAAUCAGAAAUCUUUUUAGGAGAAAGCGUCCUCCUCAAUGGACUUUCAAUGAUAUUCCCCUGGAGGAAAAGUGGAAUGCGUCUACUUUUACUCUCGAGCAUAGUGGGGAGCAGGUGAUAUCCACCGUCUUUUCUGCAGAUGGCAAACUACUCUUCUCCGUAUCUUCAACUGGAAAGGUUAGAACGUGGGACACCACAACAGGUGACUGCCUCGAUACCAUUAGCAAUGAGAAGCAUUGGUCUUCGGUCUUACUCUGUGAUGGUAAGCCGAGGGCUUUUAGCCGUGCAGUGGAGGGCAAAAUCCACGUCUUGGACCUAACCACGGGAGCGGAGAUCCAAACUUUGGAUGUUCCCGAUAUUGAGUAUCCAGAAGUCAUUGGAACCAAUAAUUCAAAGACAGUAGUAAUUGGUUCUUCGGAUGUUAUCACCAUCUGGAAACCCGAUACCGCCGAACUCUUGGACACAAUCAAUCUCAGGGUCACGAAACGCACAGCCGGCUCUCCUCUUGAUAUAUGCAACAAUAGGCUGGCCAUAUCAUCAAUCGACCUGUUCACAUCAACUGUAUUCAUCAAGAUAUGGGACCUACAAAAGAAGAAAUGCGUUCGCACCUUGGAAGGGCAUAAGAGAAAUCUUGACUGGCUGGUGUUUGCAGGGGAUGAUAGUAGACUGAUAUCAGCAUCGUAUGACCAAACAAUCAAACUGUGGGAUGUCGACAGACAAAAGUGUCUUCAGACGUUCCAAGCUGAGAAUAACAGGAUAACUCAGGCAAUUCCGCUCGACAAGGGGAAACGCAUGAUGUUGGGAGCAGCGGAUGGGACAUUGAUGAUAUGGGAUGUCAAGACCGGAGUCUGCGUGGAUACCCUCCAUGCUCACAGCUCAUACGUUGAAUCAUUGUCCUCGUCGCCGAAAUCCCAUCUCCUGGCAUCUGGAUCCAGGGACGGCACCAUCAAGAUCUGGGACAUGACCCAGUUAGCCACCCAAGGGCUGGGUCAUUUACAAGAUAGCGAUUAUACCUCAUCCAGUGAGGUACAUCUGGGCCAGGUCAACGCUACUGCUGUCUCAAAGGACGGUAGAUAUGCUGCAUCUGGAGGUGUGGAUGGAAAGAUUAUGGUAUGGGAUGCUCACGAUGGUGUUCUGGUGACGACGAUUCAGGGCCACGUCAAGCCAAUUUGCUCGAUUGCGUUUUCAGAGAACGGCAAGCAGCUCGCGACGGCAUCGGAGGACUUUGAAGCCAAGGUCUGGGACGUGGAGAAAGGGCUGUGCUGCCAUACUUUGACCCAUGAGAAAAGGGAGGUUAACGCUGUUGUCUUCCACCCAGACGGGAGUCUUUUCACGGCCUCGAGCGAUGGCCUGAUCCGAUUGUGGGAUUUGGAGACCAGUUCCUGCGUCACCAUUCCAUGUGAGGAAGAACCAGUCUUGCUUGUCCUCUCAAACGAUGGUCAAAGGCUGGCCUCUCUGGAACAGAACGGCCGCGUCAAAUUGUGGGACGUAGCUUCUGGUGAUCCCAUACCCAUCCCAGAAGCAUUCUCCAUGGGGGACGGCAGUGUACCUGUCUACGAAUUCCGCACACGUCAGCACCCGGCGUUCCGAACAAACCAGGCCGCUUUUCCAAUAAAGUCUCUGGCACAGAACGAGAGAUGGUCCACUCGAGAACCCCGGAACAAAAUUGACCUCACAUCUAUUCUGGGAACCUUGCUGGAGGGAAAGCCGGAGUUUUCGGCACCAGAUGGGUUCGUGGUAUCGGUUGAUAAGUCGUGGAUCUUGAGGGAUGGGAAAAAGAUUCUGUGGUUACCAGCGGAAUUUCGGCCUUCAUCUGUCGCGGUAGAGCAGUCCACCAUCGCUCUCGGCUGUCAUGGUGGCCAGGUAUUGGUUUUGCACUUCCCGGAAGAUUCGUUCAAGCUUGAGUCAGAUUAG